AUGGAGCAGAAUGGCACUUCGAAUAGGCAUGUCUCGCCUUUUUGGCCGAUGGGUCAGUCUCUCUUUGCAGUCGUAAGCAGCAUUAACUGUACGGCGAUCGUGAACUUUUCCUGCAGAAAGAGUGGUCUUGACUGUUCGCGGUGUUCUCUCGAGGCUUUCGCCACUCUAUUGAAAUUUUUUUGCCUGUCGUAUAUUUGUGUCCUUGUCUUAUCACCGAACUGUGCUGUUAAUUGACGCAAAAUUUGGGAAGGUUUUACGCCCUCCCGGGCCAAAAAUUUUUUGAUGAUGCGUUGAGUAACAGACGUGUGCAGCUCUUGCUAAGACAUGAGGCUAUUAACAACUUAUCUACUUCGAUGCGCCAAACCGACUGACUCACCUAAUUUUCACCCAACAUCUACCAAGACGUGCAUUCACCUAUGGCGCGUCAAACAGAAAAGUCCGGUUUAUAUUUGAUUCACCCUCGUAAAUAUACAUAUAUAUAUAUACAUAUAUAUAUUUGUAAAAAAUAUGGUUUGUUAAUAAUGAUAACACGACACAAAGUGUUGCUAUAAAAUUCCCUUUGAACGAACCCUGUAUUUUGCUCAAUAAACUAGUAGUGAUGGCCGGGAUACAGGUGUUUUGGGAUAAACAAUUAGGAAUUUUCAAGAACUACUCGACCAAUCGACUCCAAUUUUGUUGUGGUUAUUCAGAAAUCAGAACCCUUCGGAUUUGAAGAAUAUCAAGUGGAUGCGUGAAAAUAUCGAAUUAGCAACAAGUGCCGGAACCUUCACUUUGCCUGGGUUUUCGGCCAUAACUUUAUUAAUAUUAGCGGGAUCUUUUCACGUAUGUUCUCAUUCUGUAGGUCUCAUAAAUACCAAAAAAUCUUAUUUGAAAAGUUUUCUCGUUCCAAACACUUUCGAUUGAAAAUUCACGUUUCCUCAUUAUUUGUUCUCCAAUAAAAAGUUUUCCCACAAAAAUUGUUGUACCCAUUUUAUGCAUCCAUGUUUUAAAUACCCACUUCAUAUCAAUAAAACCAGACUUUACAAUUAUUUCGGGGAAAUUUGCAAAUAAAAUAGAAGUAGAAGGAUUGGUAACCCGAGAGACGUAAGUGUCUGCUUAUUGGCUUUAUCAUGGAUGAGCAUUGAAAACAUCGAAAUGAAAGAUAUGUCCAUCAUAUCUGGAUACGGGUGUAACCCGAAGGAACAUAUGGAUGAAAAGGGAAAUACAACUAGAAGCCACCAAAAAUACCAAUGAGCACAUUUUUGGCUUCAGUCAGAGGACCUCACAUGUUUACGAGGCAUCAACUAACGUCGCGACGGAUGCUAGCUAUAGCUACCUGUCGUGGAACUUCAAGCCCAUGAGUAAAUGCAGAGAAAGAGAAGUAAUUUUGAGAAAACUGAGAUGAAAAACAGAAGAGAAUCAUGGCCAUAUCCGCAUCCUGCUAUUUCUGUUCUUGUUCCUUUAUUGCGGAGAUGUCCACGAUUGUUCUUUGAUUUCUAUUAUAAAAAUAAUAUAAAUAUAAAAUAAAAACAGAGCCAAUAAGAGGCAUUGCCUGUACAUGGACCAACAAUUUUAGGUAGUGACUGUAGACUAAAAAUUACAAAUAAGGGCAAAAAUUAGUCACAGUAGAUUAUAUAUUUAGUAGUAGUAGUAGCAAGAUUUAUUUAGCACAUUUGGCUACAUAAACAGAACAAUUGUAAACAACUUAGUACUAGUAAAUUCAAGCCAUAUGGUGUAUGAUGUAAAUGCUGGGCAACCUAUAAUUGUAGAUUUAACAAGUGAUUUCUCAAUUUUACUUUAAAUUUUGUCAAAGUUUUCUGAUCUUUUAUCUCCGAGUAUAAUUUAUUAUAUUCAAUCAACCCUUGAUGGAAUACAGAUUUGUAGCAUAUGUUAUACUUUUUGGUCAUUAAAUGGAAGUCAUCUUUAUUUCUGGUAUUAUGUAAAUGAUGGUCGACAUUUGAUGAUGUUAAAUUAGUUAGACUUGAU